AUGGCAUCGAACAACAUCGCCCGCACGGCCACGGCCCUGCUGACCGUCCUGUGCUUCCUCGAUUGUUGGGAGGUACAAGAGGUUUUGAUCACAUUUGACUUGGGCUGGGGAUCUCAUAUCAUCACUUUCCCUUGCUUGAACCACCACGCCCGGCAUGACCAGCACCGGUACCUUGGCUGCAGAGGCAGCCCCGGAACAGAGCCAGCUCCAGCUCCAACCAACGCCAAGAUGACCGACCGAUUCUCCCAAGAGGAGCUCAACCACGAGAGGCAAUGCCACUACCCGCAGCCGCCGGAUUGUGACCAGUGGGCGUUCUACGCCACCCGCGACGUGCGGCCCUCUCCUGCUGCUGCCGAAAUCGCCGCCACCGCUAUACUACUACCGCCAAAAAUAGUAGUAGUAAUAGCGACGAUAACCUCGCGGUCGUCCGGGCCGGCCCCGCCACAGCCGUGCCCGAAGACCUCAUCGACCCUCGCCUCCUCCAUCUUCCUCCUCCUCCUCCUCCUACUGCUGCUGAGUCUUCUGCCGCCGUCGCCAGCACCACCGCCAGGAGCAACAACAACAUCCAGGCCCAGAGGAGCCUACUGA